AAAGAUUCACCCGCCUCUGCCUCCUAAGUGCUGGGAUUAAAGGUGUGUGCUGCCACCACCCAGCUUCAUUUUAAUAGAUAUUUUGAACUGGGUCUUCAAUUGAAGGAAUAAUGAAUCACCUAAGAUAGAAAGCCAAUAGGAGCUAUCUGGCUAUGUUUGGCUUUGCAUAUCUUUGAGUAGCCCUCCAUCUUCUCUGGACGUCAUGACCGUCUUGCCUGUCUUCAUGCUUGCUGUCUUGAGACUUACUGUAAGUAAAGAACUGCUUUGUUUGGGGUAUUCUUUAUUUUGGAAUGUUGUCAUUUUCCCUUCAAAAUUGAUUUAGUUGUGACUGAGGGGAAAGACUGAAGAGCCUGCUGUCAUCAAGAUUGCAUUUCUGAAGAGGCUCAAUCUCUGGAAGGAAAAUGACUGUCAAUAGAAGCUGUCCAGCUAAGAGUCACCAUGUCCUUGAAUCUCAGACUCAAGAGCUCUCACCCUGGAAAACAACUUGCCUGACUGGUCACGGGAAUCAUUAGAGAAAGAAGGUGGACCAGUUGUCAGGCUGAACACUCCCAGUGAGGAGUGGGAUGAACGAAAUUGCAGCUAUCAGUGAUAGUUUGUGGAUUCCUCUAAAAUAGUGGCCACCAUUUUAAUUAGUUUUUAAUGUGACAGUUUGCUGCCAUAAAUCUGAUUGCCAGCGUGUAGAGAAUUCAUCUGUCUGUCUUUUGCGUCACAGUGGCUCUGCUUCUUUCUGGCUUGGAAACAGUCUACAAGAGGACGUGCCCCGAGCGCUUCUCAUGUUUGCUGGGCGUUUGCAGCUCGUUAGGUCUGUCAUAAACUGUAAGGUUUGCAUCUCCUCAGAGGUUUGAGAUUAGUUCACAAGAUUCAGAAAAACACAGAGGAGAUGAGAUAUACUGGUGCCAGCUUUGCAAAGUAAUUGUAUUUCACUACUUUAGUCAGUAAUCUAAUCUAUACAUUGGCUAAACGUGAACCUGCUGUUCCAAGGUCAUUCCAAAGACACCUUCAUUUCAGUAGAGGACUGUAAGGCCAUCUUUCUCCUUAAGAAACUGCAGGGCUUAGGAAAAACUUUUUGUUUUGGUUUUUGUUGUGUCAUUUCUAAUCUGUUCAUUUAUGUGAGUGUGUGUGCGCCUGAGUUUUAUACUCGCCAAUUGUACUAGGUGCCCUCGGACCUAGAGCACGUGAGGUGUCUGCAGUUGGAACUAAAGGCCGUUCUGAGCCCUCCAGUGUGGGUGUGGAGACCCCAGCUUGGGUUCCCUGCAGGAGUAUUAUGCUUUUACCCACUGAGUUCCUUUUGUUUUUUAAUCUGUACUCGAUCGCGGGCUCUCCUUUGGCAGGAGAAAGAGGAGGCACUCUAAACUCUGCAGUCAGCUUCUACUAAGGCUCCUGCCUCUCACUCCUGCCUUGUCCAGGCGCACCACAGUUAGGAUACGGGCAAAAAUCCCUCCUAAGCAGAAGGACCUCCAGCUGAAAACACUAAACGAGGAACCUGUUCCUCCCGCCAUGCUGCCUCUUGGUAGAUCCUUGUUGUGGCUCAAGGAUUUAUCUUCGUCAUAUACACACUGAGAACAGGAAACCAUUAAUUCCAGGGGUCAGGGUUGGGUUCUAUCUAUCAACAUUAGAGAGUAGGAGUUUGUAAAACUAACUCCAUUAUUCCUUGCUGCGGGUGAAAGCCCUUUAUUAAGGCUUGUUGCAGGCCUGCUGUUGCCGGAGUUGGAAGACCCAAAUUGUGCUUAGCCCACGCGCAGCACCGUUGAGUGGGGGCUGCGCAGCCGCAGUAGGAGGGUCUGGGCCUGUACUAUGGGGCAACGACCGACCGUUCUGGCAUCAACCGUCUUCCUCGCCUGGUUCACUUCAUCCACCUGAAUGAGCAGCCAUGGCCUGGACUGUGAGCAUCCUGCGAACCAGCAAAAGAGUGAGUGCAGCUUUAGUAGAUCUCAGGGACCUGAGCAUAGCUCUGCGGCCCCGUCGGGUGCUGCGUGUGCCCCUCAGCCGGGCCUGGUGGAGCGUCACUCCCACGUCCCCCAUGUCGACCCUGAAGGGUAAACUUAUCCAGCAAAUCAGCUCCGAAGAGCCCAUUCUCCACAACAAGGUCUCCAUUAUAGGAACUGGAUCAGUUGGCAUGGCCUGUGCCAUCAGCAUUAUAGCGAAAGGCUUGACUGAUGAACUUGCCCUUGUUGACAGUAAUGAAGAAAAAAUGAAGGGUGAGACGAUGGAUCUCCAGCAUGGCAGUGUCUUCAUGAAAAUGCCAAAUAUUGUUUGCAGCAAAGAUUUCCACGUCACUGCCAACUCUGAGUUAGUGGUUAUCACAGCAGGUGCACGCCAAGAGAAAGGCGAAACGCGCCUGAAUUUAGUCCAGCGGAACGUAGCCAUCUUUAAGGUGAUGAUCGCCAGUAUUAUCAAACACAGCCCCCGCUGCAAAUUGAUUAUCGUUUCCAAUCCAGUGGAUAUCUUAACGUACGUAGCCUGGAAACUGAGCGGGUUUCCCAAAAACCGUAUUAUUGGAAGUGGCUGCAACUUAGAUACUGCUCGCUUCCGUUACAUGCUUGGCGAGAGGCUUGGGAUUCACUCUGAAAGCUGCCACGGGUGGGUCCUUGGGGAGCAUGGAGACUCAAGUGUCCCCGUGUGGAGUGGAGUGAACAUCGCUGGCGUUCCUCUGAAAGAGCUGAAUUCCGCCAUAGGAACUAGCAAAGACCCCGAGCAGUGGGGAAAUGUCCACAAAGAAGUAAUUGCCAGUGCCUAUAACAUUAUCAGAAUGAAAGGCUAUACCUCCUGGGCCAUUGGCCUGUCUGUAGCUGAUAUUGCAGAAAGUAUUCUGAAGAAUCUCAGGAAAACACAUCCAGUUUCCACCAAAAUUAAAGGUCUAUAUGGAAUAAAAGAAGAGGUGUUUCUCAGUGUGCCUUGUAUCCUGGGAGAAAAUGGCAUCUCCGAUAUUAUAAAGGUAAAGCUGAGCCCCACAGAGGAAGCCCAGAUGGUAAAGAGUGCAGAAACACUUUGGAAAAUUCAGAAAGAUAUCAAGUUUUAAGCCAGCCCUGUAAAGCUGCCGAAGACAACAGAUGCAGUAUAUGCGGAUGUGGCGUGAACUGGGGAUUCUGAAGGAUGGCGGUCUUGGUUUGGUCUCCUGUUGUGUGGCAUCCAGCUGCAGGGUGGCUUUGCCUUUUCAGUUUCUGAGUGACUGCAUUAAAGGUAUUUUUGGUGUUUCAA